AUGUCCCUCUUUGUUUCUUUGUUGCCAAGAGUUCAAGAGGACGGCAAACGAAAAUGCGAGCAGUAUUGGCCAGACGAGGGCACGGAGAUAUUCGUAUCCGCUACGCGUAGUGUUCGUGUCACCAAUGUGAAGGAAGUAACAUUCGGGAAGAACCUUAUCAGCCGCAUGCUGCUCAUUCAGCCUCUGAACGAAACUGUGCCUUUGCAAGUGACCCAGUACCACUACACAGAGUGGCCAGACUACGAAGUCCCAGACCUGGACACCUUCUACGAGUUGGUAACUGCGCAGAUGCGAUUUAUGCGUAAUCACUCCGUUAGUGCAGACCACGGGCCCGCGAUCGUUCACUGCAGGUAA